AUGAUACGGAUGUCUGAAGCCCAUGUAAGAAUGCAUCUUAAACAGCAUGUCACUCCACAGGACAUGGACAUGGCUAUUCGUGUUCUGCUGGACUCGUUCAUUUCAACCCAAAAAUUUGGUGUGCAAAAAGCUUUGCAAAAGGGAUCUAGCUUCAAAAAUUACAUGAUAUUCAAAAUGGAUUUCAAUGCUAUUGUUUUGCACCUUCUGCGUGGACUUGUGAAGGAUGCAUUGCACUUGGAAGAAAUUGUAUCUGGUUCUACUGCAAAUCUCACUCAUAUAGACGUAAAAGUGGAAGAACUGCAAAGCAAGGCUCUUGAUUAUGGGAUCACUGAUCUGAAUCCAUUAUUUAAAAGUACAGAGUUUGCUAGAGCUAAUUUCGUGUUGGACGAGGGACAGGGUACAAUUAGGCAUCGCCUUGCACGCUGUUGGAUUGGCUUUGAGGGUAUUAGAAUGUAG